GCCGCGAGCGCGGGACAUGAGAGGCAAGCUGUGGAACCUGCUGUGUAGCUCCCGGCACGCGGUUUACACAGAGAAUAAUGUAUCCGGCAAAGAUGGACUCCAGUUGCGGAGCUCAAGCAACGGAUCUGCAAGCAACGGUGAAGCGGGCGCGCUGUCCGAACUUUCCGGCACAGGGGGAGACCAGCUGGAGAGGCCGUCGCCAACUGCGAAUGACACUGUUCACCUCGAGAGACGGGUGGGACUCUUCAGUGGGGUGGCUUUAAUCGUCGGGACUAUGAUCGGCUCUGGAAUUUUUGUGUCUCCGUCAGGCCUUGUGACUCGUACAGGUUCUGUAGGGAUGAGUUUUGUGAUAUGGGUCUUCUGCGGAUUGCUGUCACUACUAGGUGCGCUUGCCUACGCUGAGCUGGGUACCAUGAACACCAGCUCUGGGGCAGAGUACGCGUACUUCAUGGAUGCGUUUGGGCCCAUCCCAGCAUUCCUGUUCUCUUGGGUGUCAACGCUCGUGCUGAAACCAUCGCAGAUGGCCAUCAUCUGCCUCAGUUUCGCUCAGUACGUCGUGGAGGCGUUCGUAUAUGAGUGUGAACCACCGCAGAUGGCUGUCAAGCUCACAGCCAUCCUCGCCAUACUUAUCAUCGCAUAUAUUAACUGCUACAGCGUGAAGUUGGCAACAGCUGUGCAGAAUCUGUUCACCGCUGCCAAGCUGGUUGCAAUUUUUGUCAUCGUCUGCGGUGGAAUGUACAAGAUAGGACAUGGCAACACUCAGCACCUGGAGAACGCGUUCGAUGGGACGACGUCGUCCUUUGGGAACUUAGCGACGGCAUUUUAUACUGGCCUGUGGGCGUAUGAUGGCUGGAACAAUCUCAACUACGCUACAGAAGAAAUCAAAAAUCCAUCAAGGGAUCUGCCGCUCUCGAUCAUCAUCGCCAUCCCGCUGGUGACGUCAUGCUAUGUGCUCAUCAACGUGUCGUACCUGGCCGUCAUGUCAGCCGCAGAGAUGAGCGAGACGGGCGCCGUCGCAGUGCUGUUCGGCAACCGCAUUCUGGGCCCGAUGGCGUGGCUCAUGCCGCUCGCAGUCGCCGUGUCAACCUUCGGCUCUGCCAAUGGAACGCUCUUCGCAGCUGGCAGGCUGUGUUUCGCGGCCAGCAGGGAAGGACACUUGUUCAGCAUUUUGUCUUACGUGCACGUGACCAAGUUAACACCGGCUCCCAGCCUCAUAUUCCAUUCACUGAUUGCCAUCGCAAUGGUCGCAGCGGGGAACAUCGACUCGUUGAUAGAUUUCUUCAGCUUCACAGCUUGGAUAUUCUACGGUGGCUCAAUGCUGGCUCUGCUAGUAAUGCGGAGAACCAAACCAAAUGCGCCACGGCCCUACAAGGUGAACAUAAUCAUUCCAUGUCUUGUUUUGGUUAUCUCUGUGUACCUGAUAAUAGCUCCAAUAAUAGACAAACCACAAAUUGAAUACUUAUAUGCAGCUCUCUUCAUAGUGGGCAGUCUUAUUUUUUAUGUGCCCUUUGUGAUCAAGCGACAUUGGUUCAAGAGGCUUGGUUUCAUUAAUGUGUUCCUACAACUACUACUUGAAGUUGCUCCAACCCAAUCCAUGUACGAAUAGCAGUAUCACUGAUGGAUCUAAGAAGCUUAUCAAAUGCAUGAUACAGUAGCAGAAUCUCAUACUGUUACACAGUAGUCAAAAUUCGGACAAUGUUAGUUCUCCUUUGUAUGAUUCAGAAAAGAUUAAGAUAAUAAAUCAUGAAAAGUCCAAGUAUCCUCUGCUGAGCAUAGAACAGUGUACUGAAAAUCCUGCUAUGUGUCAGCUAUUAUACAGAAAUAUUAUAGGAGGAAAUAACAUUGUGUUGCAUAAGCUAGAACAAGUUAAAGUAUUUACAAUGUUCUUAAUUCAUUGUUGGUGUUCCCCUUGCACUAAAAAUAAAAAUAAUUAAUGAAAGAGGUUCAGUGUUACACUUUUAAUGUAUUUGGCAUUAGUUUAUCACUUUUAACAGCAUUUUAUUAUGAUCAUAAAAAUGACUAAAUUUUUAUUUUCAAAAAUGGACUUAAUUUUUUUGUUCUACUUUUAUUAGUCUUAUUUUUUUGUCUGGUGCAACCUUCAGAGAUGAAACUCAAUUUGUAAAAGUUGACAAAACACAUUCCAAUUAACUCUCUGAGUUUUGUUUAAUUUUUUUUAAAAUUAAGGACAGAUGUUGCUGUACAAAAAACAAAAUGUUACAGUUGCUCGUAUUUGUGAAUAUUAAAAAAGAAUGGUUGGAAUGUAAGAGAUAAAACUUUCACCUUUCUGAAUUUCAGUGCUGAAAAGAUCUGUAGGCUAUUGCCUGUCAGUUAUAUGAUGACAUUUGUUGUGAAUUUAGCCUCAGUUUUACAAUAAUGAGAUGUCCGUGCCAUAUGGAUUGUAGCAUUUGGUCACAAAGUACUAAUAUAAGAAAUAUUUGUUUUAAACAUUAAAAUUUAAAACAAUCUGUAAAAUGAGUGGCAUAAGAAACCAUACCAUUUACAUUAUGAAACAACGAAUGUAACUGCCAGAGCAAGACGAAAAGCACAUGAGCAUUAUGCAUAUCCAAAUUGACAAAAUUUGAAAUACUUGAACAUAUUAUUCAAACCUGGAGCACUAAAGGUAUUAUGUUAACUUCUCAGUGAUAUUCCAAUGAGAAAUAUUUUUGUUACAUGUCAGUUACAUUUUGAUAAAUUUUAUAAUUGUAUAAGUAUAUUUUACAGUUGAAUAGUAAAUAUUUUAAGAAUAACUAUAUUGUCCUCCAGGUAAAUGGUCUGUUAAAUAAAUAUUUGUUUCAAGAUGCUGAAAUUAAGCUGAAUAAUGUGCUGUAAAAAAUUAGUUUAUUACAGAUUGAGGAUAAAUUGAAAGAUGAUUUAAAAUAUUUUCAAUAGUUGCAAAUUGCCUGAGAAUUAAGUUGUUUAUCAAGUUGGUAUUCAAAAAUUGACAGGUUCCUUGCCUUGUACACAGUUUUCAGGCAAAUACACUUGUGCCUGAUGAUGUAACAUGCAUUUUGUGUACGUUUUCAUUCCCAAGAUGAAUGGUUGUCUGUUGAAAAUGUAAUGAACUUAAAUGAUGACUGAAUAUAAAUUACAUUUAGAAAAAUAA